CACUACCCCCAACGCCGCCUACACCCUCGGGCCUCGUCCGCCCCCACACCACCCGCCGUCGCUCUCCACCCCGAGCAGGGGCACUGUGCCGCGGUCGUCCUUCAUCCUCACCGGUUGUUGUAACUGUCAUAUUUUCACAUGGAUUCAACAACACAAGAUUUUCAACCCCGUACAUUCUCCAUCAAGCUGUGGCCGCCAAGUGAAAGCACUCGUCUCAUGCUUGUGGAGAGGAUGACCAAAAAUCUGUCCACUGAGUCCAUAUUUUCUCGCAAGUAUGGCCUUUUGGGCAAGGAAGAGGCUCAUGAUAAUGCUAAAAGGAUCGAAGAAAUAUGUUUUACCUCUGCAGAUGAGCAUUUCAAGGCAGAGCCUGAUGGUGAUGGGAGUUCUGCUGUCCAGCUGUAUGCAAAGGAAACUAGCAAACUGAUGCUGGAAGUUCUGAAAAAAGGUCCAACUUCAGCUACGGAGCCAGAAGUACCUCUGGUUGAUACACCUGUUGAACCUGCUGAUAAUGUGUUCGAUAUAUCUGGUGGCAAGCGUGCUUUUAUUGAGGCAGACGAAGCGAAGGAACUUUUGAGCCAACUUACCAAACCAGGAAAUGCUUAUAAACGGAUUUGCUUCAGCAACAGAAGCUUUGGUAUUGGUGCUGCCAAUGUUGCUGGGCCUAUUCUUGAAUCAAUCAAAACACAGCUCACGGAGGUAGAUAUAUCUGAUUUUGUUGCUGGAAGACCCGAGGAUGAAGCCCUUGAUGUGAUGCGCAUCUUCUCAAAAGCCUUAGAAGGUGCUGUAUUGAGAUACCUGAACAUCUCUGACAAUGCCUUAGGUGAAAAGGGCGUCAGAGCAUUUGAAGAGCUCCUGAAAUCACAGGACAACCUGGAAGAACUAUAUGUGAUGAAUGACGGUAUAUCAGAGGAUGCUGCAAAAGCUCUUUCUGAACUUAUUCCUUCUACCGAGAAGCUUAAGGUUCUCCACUUCCACAAUAACAUGACAGGGGAUGAAGGUGCUAUGUUUGUUGCAGAGAUGGUUAAACGUUCUCCUAAUCUAGAGAGUUUCAGGUGCUCAGCGACAAGGAUAGGAUCUGAUGGUGGAGUUGCUCUGGCUGAGGCAUUAGGGGCAUGUACUCGACUGAAGAAACUUGAUCUCCGGGACAAUUUGUUUGGUGUUGAGGCAGGGGUGGCUCUUAGCAAAACCCUUUCAAGGCUUCCUGAUCUUGCUGAGCUGUAUCUCAGUGACCUCAAUCUUGAGAAUAAGGGCACAGUAGCAAUUGUCAAUGUCCUCAAACAGUCGGCACCUCAAUUGGAGGUCCUUGAAAUGGCUGGAAAUGAAAUUAAUGCCAAAGCAGCCCAAGCUUUGGCAGAAUGCCUAACAGCACUUCAAUCACUCAAGAAGUUAACCUUGGCUGAAAAUGAACUGAAGGAUGAUGGUGCUGUGGUGAUUGCAAAAUCAUUGGAAGAUGGACACUGGGAUCUGAAGGAGCUUGAUGUUAGCACAAAUAUGCUGCAGAGGGUGGGAGCUCGCUGCUUUGCCCAAGCAGUCACCAACAAGCCAGGUUUUGUGCAACUAAACCUCAACGGGAAUUACAUCUCUGAUGAAGGGAUAGAUGAGGUGAAGGAUAUUCUGAAGAGUGGUAAGAACUCAGCGGAUGUGCUUGGGUCACUUGAAGAAAACGACCCUGAGGGAGAUCCCGAUGAUGAUGAUGAGGAGGAAGAGGAUGAUGGUGAGCUGGACUCACAGUUGCAGGGCCUGAAGGUUGAGCAGGACGAUUAAUCAUGUUUAUUAGAUUGAUUAGUUCCUACCCUUUUUCUCGAAUUAGCUUGAAAAUGUUCUCUUGCCAGGUUGGAUUUUCACUUUGAACGGACGCACUGUGGCUCCAAUUGUUUUGAGCCAAAGGGUUUAGCCUGGCGGUUUAUCAGCACUUCUCUAACUUUCCAUUUAGAACUUACAUGUAUCGGUUGUCAGUUCAAGUUCAGUUGAAGCUGGACCCUUGUAUCAUUGGCAUGCAUUUGCUGUGGUACUAUCUUUUGAUGCUGUCUCUUUGUCUUAUGAUACACAUGUUUGGAAGCUAUUAGCCUGCUGCAUAUCCUUGGGCUCUGCCCGAAUUCAUGUACCCUAUACGGCACAACCUGGCAAAACCUGAAUCUAUACGGCAAAACCUGAAUUCAGUGGGUUAAAUCUGACGGCCCAAAGCAUGUGAUUGGUGCUA